UUGAAGGCACGAUCAUCGGCCAUGUGUAAAGGCCUACCAUUUUUGGUAAAUAGUUCAACGAUUGCCAUUUCAAAAUUUUCUUUAUUAACUUCUGUUGUUAUUUUUACAUUGGUUUUACCUUCCUUAACUUUCAAAUUAACAUUAUUUUUUUGCCUCACAUAGCUUUCAUAUAGUUCUAAAUGGAGUGUCUUUCCAAAUUUCCAGCAUGUUUUCCUAACCUUUUACCACAACAAUUAUAAUUUUUACAUACAAUUUCACUCUUAUUGUCUGUCUCAAAAUGUUGGCGCAGUAUAUUAUUUUUAGGACGUGGCAUUUUGCAAUGGCAUAAAUACGCAAUAUUCAUUUACUGAGCACUAAAGGAAUGAUUCGUUUUGUUUUGUAUAUUUUGUUUUGUUUCGGUUUUGCUCAGGAUGAGUACCUUUACCACAAUCGAAACCAUGCAAGUGAGCAAAAGAACAAACGAUUCGUUUGGUUUGUGCUCUGCUGCCGUUGAAACGUAUCGUGCAUUGUUAGCGCUCGGGAACAUUAUGAGAAAAGGAACACAAACUUUUCGUACUUGUUGUGGCAAUGGGUAGUGAUACGUUCGGUUUGUUUUCGUACUCUGAGUCUACAUAUGACUGAACUUCUACUAAAUGUGGCUAAUAAUUUCCCCCCUAUUAUGAAUUUCCAUACGAUAAACGAUAAACGCUUGCAAGCGUAUCGUAUGAAAUCAGUAUUGGUAUUGUCGUUUUCAUACGCCCGAUAGAUGCACUAUUGUGAAUGACCGUGGUUUUUGUUUACUUUAUUUUGUGAAAUUGAGAGUGAGCAAUAAAAUAAAAAUUAAAGGACAUGGUUUCUACAACAUCAAUUGCGUUUUUUAUAAAUUUAAAUGAAGGAUAUAAUGAGACUCGCAUAGAGGCUAUCGAAAGAAGAAAUUUAAGAGAUGCUUCGAAUCCUCUGGAAAUGAAUUCUAUAUUUUUUCAGAGGAAUUUUCGACUUUCCAAAGAAGCAGUUAUUUAUAUCCUGAAUGAAGUAGAAAACGAAUUGCGUGUACGGAAAAAUAAGUCAUCCAUACCAAAUAUAAUAAAGGUAUGCGCAACUCUAAGAUUUCUAGCCCAGGGAUCAUACCAACAGGGUGUUGGUAAUGAGGCGUUACUUGGCUUAGCCCAACCUACUGUUUCCAUUGUAUUGAAAGAAACAUUGAGUGCUUUGCAAACCACUCUAUGUAGUAAGUGGAUUAGCUCCAAGUAUACUGAGGAAGAAAAGAGAAGAGCAAAAUCUAGCUUCUUUGCAUCAAGUGGUAUUCCCGGAGUAAUUGGAUGCAUUGACGGGACCCACAUUAAGAUUGUGGCACCAGAAAAAAGUUUGCAGCAUUUGUAUUACUGUCGAAAGGGGUAUUUUAGCAUAAAUGCAAUGCUAACCUGUGAUGAUUUAAUGAACAUAAAAUACAUCAAUGCCAAGCACCCCGGCGCUACACACGACUCCAUGGUUUUUCAAAUGUCGGGAUUAAAAAGACAAUUGGAGUCAAUGUAUAACCGUGGUGAAUCUAACACCUGGUUAUUAGGUGACGCUGGAUAUGCCUUAGCGCCUUAUUUGCUAACACCUUACAGGAAUCCUGAAGAAGGUUCAGUAGAAAGUUUAUAUAACUCGCGGCACUCUAAAGCAAGGAAUAUUAUUGAAAGGACGAUUGGGGUUUUAAAGAGUCGGUUUCGCUGUUUGCUAAGUGCUCGCGCACUUCACUACACUCCUGCAAAAGCCACUUUGAUCAUAAAUGUUUGUGCAGCUUUACAUAAUAUUUGCAAUCAUUACAAUGUACCAUACGACGAAGAGGAUAUUGCAGAUGUGCAAAAUGAGAAUUCGGAAAUUGCAAUAGAAACUUCUGAAAAUGACUCUACUCCUAUGCGACAAGCUGCAGAAGAAAUCAGAAGAAAUGUACUGUCUUGUUUGCAUUGAUUUUUACUAUAUUUCUUUAGGUUUUUAUCAAAAAAUAAUAAAGCUUCUUGCUUCAGGUACAAACUCAAAUCCAUUGUUUUUUUAUAUAAAAUAAGAUCACAUUCGUAGCUUAAAAGUAAAUGUAUCUACUUAAAGAAUUCAGUCCACUAUAUUUUCUAAACUUACUUAAACAAACUAAAAUUCACUUUUUUUUCAUAAAAUCACAUUCGUAGUUAAUAGUAAAUGUAUCUACUUAAAGAAUUCAGUCCACUAUAUUUUCUAAACUUACUUAAACAAACUAAAAUUCACUUUUUUUUCAUAAAAUCACAUUCGUAGUUAAUAGUAAAUGUAUCUACUUAAAGAAUUCAGUCCACUAUAUUUUCUAAACUUACUUAAACAAACUAAAAUUCACUUUUUUUUCAUAAAAUCACAUUCGUAGUUAAUAGUAAAUGUAUCUACUUAAAGAAUUCAGUCCACUAUAUUUUCUAAACUUACUUAAACAAACUAAAAUUCACUUUUUUUUCAUAAAAUCACAUUCGUAGUUAAUAGUAAAUGUAUCAAAUUAAAAAAUUCAGUCCACUACACUACACUUUAUAAAUUUACAUAUUUACAUACUUAAAACUAACAAUUUUUGUACAUAUUCUGUUUGAUCUCAAGAAGUUUUUUCUUGAGUUCUAACUUCGCUUUCCUAUCUCUUCUCUUACUUUCCAUUUCCUGCUUAUAAAUAGCGAAUUUAUCUUUUUUUAUAUAGUAAGUUUUUUUUGUGUAUACUUCAAUAUUUGAAAGGCUUUGUUUCAUCUCUUUUAGUGUGGCCAAAGUUUCCUUUUGAAAUUCAGCCUGCUGAUCCGUCUGCCGCUCAAGGAGUGCAAUUUGUUUUUCUUCUCUCCUUUUAGGGUUAGAGCUGCUAUUUCGGCCAUGCUCUCGCGAAGGUAUCACAUUUCGCGAAGGCCCUGGGAUAUCGUGGUCUGAAUAUAUUUCCACUUCCGUAACGGACUCAUUAUCGUCAUUAUUUUCUAUUCCAAAUUCUUCGCCUGGCGGAUUGUUGUAAGUGGUGUAGCUCAUUAGCCUGUUCACCGUCUCUUCCAGAUUUGAGAGUGGAACUGUGUUAUUUGGCCCACCUCCAGUUGCUAAAUUCUCUGCGUGGUUGUGAGCGCUCUUUUUCUUUGUUUUAUACU